AUGAAGGCCCUUCCUAAGCCGAUUCUCGUGGUUGCGGUAGCUUCCUUUGCGAUUUGUUUUGUCAUGUACCACCUCACCUUCAUGGAACUGGGCACGAUUGUAAAACAAACACCAUUAUCAAGUCACCACGCAGGCCACUACACGGAGUCUCCUAGCUGGCUAUGGCGUCCAUUACCCGAAGAACGCAAGACAUCACCUGUGGGCCAGUACAUUCUCAACGCAAAAUACAAACCUCUCUCCUUCAACUCCUUCACAGGCAAUACCUCAUAUGCAUCUAGUGAAGACGAGUUUGCCGAGAAAAACUCGUGUGAGCCGUUCUUAGUUCAGGCAAACAUCUCGGUUACCAAAGCUGAAACCCUCCGUCUUUCGUUUGCGCAAAUUGAAAAGGCCGUACUAAAAACUAAGUACAAGGAUAUAAUCAAGUACCCCGAUGAGGAUAAUAACCCCGCCGAACGGUUGAAAAAGCACUGGCACUACUUUUCCGGGGCAUCUGUCUGGUUGCAAGAUUACGGUGUUCAUUACUAUACGACCCGGGUGAUCUUCUCUCCCAAUGGCGGAGGCAAACACGAUGGCUCUAUUUCUUUCGUCUACAACCAAGUAUUUGACGCUAGCUGGCGUGAAAUCACUGAUGGGGAGUUAGAACUUCCGGAACAUAUCUGGAAAGACGUUCCUGGGGCCAGAAAGACGCUCAACUUCCCGCUGGUAGUACCGGUGCCGAUUGUCUACGAUAAGGGAAAAAUGUAUAUGGGACCCGAGGACCCGCGAAUUCUCACCCGACGCAACCCUUCCGGGUUCGAUGAGCCCAUGAUUGUGUUCAACAUGAUGGUGUGGGGCGAAGACACCAAGCGCGGUAUGCACGCCUACUUCCCCUUUACGGAUACGCUAGUGAAGUUUGUGGUGACCGGUUUCGACCGCUUGGAGAAGGAAAAGAAUUGGACACCGUUCUUUAACCCCCAGGAGCCUCAUGAUGCCACCGUUGAGUUCAUCUACAAUGUCAAUCCCUUGGAGAUUCUCCGGUGCGACUUAGUCCACGGCUGGUGCCAUUUUAUCCAUGGAAUGGGCAAGCUUGACGAGAUGCUGGUGCUGGAUAUCUCGUCUCUCAAGGAAAUUCCUGUCUCCAAGAUGAGGGGAGGGACAACUCUCUGGCCAUUGCCUGCGGUGCUUCAGACGAAGCUUCCCGCGAACAAGAGGCUCUGGGUGGGGUUUGCGAGGGCCCAUUUACAGAACUGCGGCUGCGGUGGUGACACCUACCGGCCCAAUUUCCUUGUGAUGCAGCAUAACACCGUUACUGGAGAGUAUGAGAUAUUGAUCAACGGGGAAUUUCUGAACCUUAACAUGGCUGUAAGUCCGUGGAACCCCGGAUCGGAGGAUUUGUGCUCGGGAAUAAGCGUUUUGAUUCCGAAUGGAAUCAGUUACUGGCAUGUCCAGGAAAGCAAAGAUGGAUAUAACGACUACAUGGGUUUGACUCUUUCCAGCGCUGAUGAAAACGUCCAGAUUUUACAUAUCCGGGGGCUUCUUGACCACAUUGCAUCGAUUCCAGGUUUGUUUGACAAAGCGGAGGGAAAAAUAGAAGAAAGAGCAGAGAAACCUGCGCCGAAAUACUCCAAUGGUGUUUCGUGUGCUUUGGAAUACUCGCGCAAGGUCUGCAAGGAGUACGGGAAGCACCAGAAAGAAAUCAAGGAUGCGAAGGAGAAGCUCUAG